AUGGAUUGGCUCCCUCACCAAACGCCUGCUUUUCUGUUCCUUUUAUUGGUACUCUUGGAUUUCAGCACAGGAUUUCAUGUACAGGUAAAAGAAUGGGAUGAAAAUGGCAUGGCAAGAUGGAAAACCUUCAGAAGACAAAAACGUGAAUGGAUCAAAUUUGCUGCAGCUUGUAGAGAAGGAGAAGAUAAUUCUAAGAGGAAUCCAAUUGCUAGAAUACGUUCAGAUUGUGAAGAAAACAAUCCAGUUACAUACAGCAUCUCAGGAGUUGGAAUUGAUCGUCCUCCCUUUGGAAUAUUUGUUGUUAAUUCAAGAACAGGAGAAAUUAAUAUAACAUCAAUAGUGGAUAGAGAAGUAACUCCAGUGUUUGUUAUACGUUGCUUUGCCAAACACUCAGUGACGGGUAUAGAUUUGGAAGAACCUCUCGAACUUCGAGUCAGAGUUCUGGAUAUAAAUGAUAACCCUCCUAUAUUUGCACAAACUGUAUUUACAGGAUCUAUUGAAGAAAGCAGUAUGGACAACACACUGGUGAUGAAAAUAAUUGCAACAGAUGCAGAUGAGCCUAAUCACUUGAAUUCAAAAAUUGCCUUCAAGAUAGAGAGUCAGGAACCUUCAGGUCCACCCAUGUUCAUUAUGAAUAAGUAUACUGGAGAACUCCAUAUUGCAAAUUAUCUUGAUAGAGAGCAACAUAGUAGCUACACUCUUGUUGUGAAGGCAUCUGACCGGGAUGGAGCUGCAGAUGGAAUAUCAUCUCUUUGCAGUUGCAAUGUUAAAGUUAUUGAUGUCAAUGACAACUUCCCAACUCUUGCUCAAAGCUCCUUUUCAGCAAGUAUUUCAGAAAAUUCACUCAGUUCAGAACUGCUACGAAUACAAGCUCUGGAUGCUGAUGAAGAGUUUACAGACAAUUGGUUUGCAGAGUUUUUCUUUAUAUCCGGUAAUGAAGAUAACUGCUUUGAAAUUGUUACAGAUCGGGCUACAAAUCAAGGAAUCCUUAGAGUAAUUAAGGAACUGAAUUAUGAACAUAUCUCCACUCACUCACUGACUAUUGGUGUCAGGAACGUAGCUGCCUUCCACCACUCUGUUGCGCAAGACUACAGAAUAUCUGGAACACCGCUCACAAUACAAGUAAAAAAUGUGAUUGAACCACCAAGAUUUCAUCCAACUUCAGUUGUGUUUUCUGUACCAGGAAGCACCAGAGCAAAUUAUGUUGUGGGAACAUACACAGCCAUCGAUGAGGACACAGGAGCUAUUGCAUCAAAUGUUGUGUAUAGUAUAGGACGUGAUCCAGGUGCCUGGUUCAGAAUCAACCAAAAUACUGGUGAAAUCUCACUGAACAAAGUUGUUGACUGGGAAUCAGUCUAUGUAAUUAAUGGACAGUACAAAGCAGAGGUUCUGGCUAUCACCAGAGGGGUUCCUCGAUAUACUGCUACUGGCACUAUUGUGCUUUCAAUGCAUGACAUCAGUGACAAUUGCCCAACUAUUAGUACUGAAUUAAGGAAAGUAUGUAUGCAUUCCCCAUCAGUGGUUAUCACAGCAAAGUCUAUGGAUGGUAGUCAGUAUGGUGCCCCCUUUACAUUCAGCAUACAUGGUGAACCUCAAACUACAUGGAUUAUCAGAUCAAUAAAUGCUUCCUCUGCAGAACUAGUGAGUCAGAACUUUGAUUUUUACCUGUAUAGGGUCUAUAUCAGCGUCAGAGAUAGCCAAGGCCGACGCUGCCUUAAACCACAUGUAAUUCCUGUGCAAGCUUGUCAGUGUGACAGUCGUAACUACUGCACCAGUGGGGCCACAAAAAUAAUUAUCAUCGGUGGUGGCGGCGCUGGUGGUGGUGGCGCUGGUGGUGGUGGUGCUGGUGGUGGUGGCACUGGUGGUGGCGGCAUGGGUGGUGGCGGCAUGGAAGGUGGUGGUCCUAGUGAGUCUGGACCUAUAGAAGGACAAACUGAUGAGCAGACUGAGUGGCCGACUUACACUGAUGCAUAUAGUGAUAGUGAAGGAUAUACAGGAGUCACUGGUGAUUAUAAUGGAAACGGAUAUUACGGCAGAGAUACUACAUCUGCUACCACACUCAGCGGUUCUGCCAUUGGUCUGAUGUUUCUCGGUGGAUUAAUAUUUGUUCUGAUUCCAAUUUUGAUGUCAAUGAGCGACUGUUGUGGCUGUGGACCCGGUGCUGCAGGUGGAGUUGGAACUGGAUUUGAACCUGUUCCUGAAUGCACAGAAGGGGCAAUUCAUCCAUGGGGAAUAGAAGGUGCACAGCCUGAGGACAGGGAUGUCUCACACAUUCUUGGCCCAACAACAGCUCCGGGAGGUGAUUUUUGUGAACCCUCUGAUAUAUAUACAAACACAUAUGGAGGAGGAGGAGUAGUAGCUUCUGGUGUUGAAGAAACUACAGGAGUUGGCUAUGGCACUGGUACUGGUUAUGGAACAGCUGGAGGAAUUUCUGGAGCAGGAGAAGUAAAAGGAUCAGUUGGAGGAACAAUAAAAGAGUACCGAGAAGGAGGGGUGAACAUGGCGUUCCUAGAUAACUACUUCUCUGAGAAAGCAUUUGUGUAUGCAGAUGAAGAUGAAGGUCGGCCAGCAAAUGACUGCCUAUUAAUAUAUGAUCAUGAAGGAGUUGGUACCCCUGUUGGCUCUGUGGGUUGCUGCAGCUUUAUUGGAGAAGAUAUAGAUGAAACAUAUUUGGAUACAUUAGGACCAAAAUUUAAGACGCUGGCAGAGAUCUGUCUGGGCAAAGAAAUUGAACCUUUCCCUGAUGUCAACCCACCCUGGUCAGGAGUUAACAUCACCUUUCCCAAUCCUGAAAGUGAUCUAAACCUCCCGCCACCUGGAACCACCAUAAUUGUCAAUGGAAGUGCACCUAUGCCUCCUCCAGUUGGCACCACAACAGUUGUUACUGAAAACACCUACACAUCUGGGUCAACCAUACAACCCCCAAGACCAAUGCCAGAUCCCUUGCUUCACGGCAACAUGACGGUGACUGAGACCUACACCUCUGGCUCCCCCUCUCUCUGCGUUGACCCUCUGAGAGCAUCCAACGUUGUUGUAACAGAAAGGGUUGUUGGUCCUGCAUCUGCCUCUGAUUUGCGUGGCAUGUUAGAUAUCCCCGAUCUCACAGAUGGGUCCAAUGUUAUCGUCACAGAAAGAGUUAUUGCACCUAAUUCCAGGCUCCCAACCUCCCUGAGCAUUCCUGAUUUGGUAGAUGGGUCAAAUGUGGUGGUGACAGAAAGGGUGUUCAGGCCUGCCUCCGGCAUGCCAGGCAGCUUAAUAAAUAUUCCCUCGGAGUUAUCAAAUGCCCACAACGUGGUGGUCACUGAGAGGGUAGUGUCAGGGUCUGGGAUGAGCAGCCUGGGGGGAACAAGCCUAGGUGGAGCAAAUCUGGGAGGCCUGGGCAGUGCAGGUCAGAUGCUUAGUGCUGACUGUCACCUUGGCCAGGCAAUUGGCACAGCAUCCCCUGGUACCUCCCGGAGAAGAGUGACAAAGUACAGCACUGUGCAGUACUCCAGUCAGUAA